AUGGGAUUCUACUCAGAAGCGCCGCCGGCACGGCCAUUCAGCGAGGACAAGUCGGUGCUGUUAACAUCAUGGUGGAUCACCCUGAUGAGCACUGUUGUGAUCCUGUUACGGUUAAUGGGCCGUCUUGUACGCGUUGAACGCCUGUUUGGCGAAGACAAGCUCUCCGCAGUCGUGUUGCUGCCAAUGUUUGCCCGAAUGGGGCUUAUUCACCCAGUACUGAUGUAUGGCACCAACAAUGUCAAGGUCGAUGGGAUCAUUUUCAGCGAGGACGAGAUUCGCCACAGAGAGAUGGGCAGCAAACUUGUUCUGGCGAGCAGAGUGAUGCAUGCUGGAAUCCUUUGGGUCUUCAAGCUUGUCACUCUCGCCUUUCUCUACCGUCUGGUCUCCAACUCAGGCAACACCCGCUAUACUUUCAUUCUCCGCUUCAUCAAUGUUUCUCUCCUUUUUACUUUCCUCGCGAUCGUCAUCUCAACUCUCGCCGAGUGCUCCCCUCCAGCACCAUUCCCCCACAACUGGCAGGUCGUCCCCGACCCGGGAGGCCGCUGCCGUCAGGGCUAUGCCCAACUCAUCGUUGCAGCCGUUGGCAAUGCCCUAACCGACGUCAUGCUCGUCUUUUUCCCUGUGCUCAUUAUCUGGCGGCACAGCAGCCGACUGGGGUUGUCCGUAGGAAGAAGAGCAUUGCUGGUUUUCCUGUUCGGGCUGCAUUUGUUCACAGCAGCUGUGGCCAUUUACAAGGUGCUUGCUAUCAUGAAAGAGGGAGGGUACCAAGCGACGAGAUCGAUGUGGGCAUCCGUCGAGGUACUGGUAGCAACGUUCGCGACAAAUGCCCUGGUCAUUGGCACAUUUGUCAGGGAUAAGGGCAUUAAGAAGAAGAGGAAACCGCAGUACGAGCCUCCUCCAAUUGACGAGGUCAUGGCUCAUCACAGGAGGGGCAGCAGCAAGAUGAAGACGGGAGAAUGGGAAGAGGACAGUGAGGGCGAUGAUCCUGAGAUUGUCAGAGAGGUAAUCAAGACAAUGCCUUCCAAGGGACACCAGCAUCGCCCGAGCCUGCAUCAACGGGUUGCUAGCGGCGGCCUGAUUGUGAAGGAGGCGCCCUUGGAGGGAGGGAGAGUCAGCCGGACAGACAGUAGAGACUCGCUGAUUCCGCGGGGCCGGGAUCGCAUCCAUGCUGUCUCGAUGCCGGACCCGGACACAAAGAUUAUCCAGACCACUACGAUUGAGGUUACGGUGUCUAAGAUGGAUGAGAAGCAGCGGGCUGCAUAUAUUCAGGAGACGAAUGGGCUCAUUCUUCGGCCCGAGGACGCCCUGGUGUUACGUCCUGAGGACGUUAUUGUGCGAUCGGGAUCUCGAGGCAGAGCAAUGGCGACAGCGUUGCCCGUCAGGGAGAUGCAGCCCCUGAAUGUUGAUGGAAAGAUUGAAGGUAUUGCUUAA